CUUAAUCUGUGAAGAUCUGGCAAACUGUUAAAACGGGUCGGGGCGCUGUUUUUCAUCCUCACAGGCGCGGCUCCUACCUAAUUAACCCAGGAACCCGCGUUAAGUCUCUUGCAGCAAAAACAAUGAAAACCUUCGUUAAAUUCGUUAAAGACAAAUUAUGCCAGGCCAUGUUACUCAGAAGUAAGCCCCACGGGAUUCAAUUGGAAUUUCUUCUAGAAUUUAAAACUGUAAAUUCAUGGUAAAUGAUGACGUCUCCUCUUUCCUCUCUGGGGAAGAUUCGCAGGAUGCCACUCCAGUUGCAGACACCAGGAAAAAGGACAGCACCUUUCAAAGAGAGCAUUCAGAAUGAGGAUGAAGCUGCAAUGAUGGAUGAAAUCCUGGGGCCCAAAGCUCAGAUACCAAUCAGCAGGCCUUCAUGCUCAGAUGGAACUGCAGAAAAACCAACAGCAUUGGGGUCUGCUCCCAACGAUAUGGAGCUGAUGACCGCCAUGAUGCAGAAGAUUGCUUCCUUGGAACAAAGCCUCAAGAGCCAAGCACGGGCAAUAUACCACAAGGAUAAGAAGAUCGAGGAGCUUGAGGAGCAGAUAAAAAUCCUUAAGAAAGGAAAAGCUGAAUCUUCUUGGGUGAGCAGAGCAGAAGAACUGGAAGUGAUAUGCCUUAAGUUGCAGCAUCAGGUCUGGGAAAUGGAGCUGUUUCUGAAUGACUAUGGAUUGAUCUGGGUUGGAGAAGGGAUAGACUCUUUGGGAGAAGUGGAGGCACAAAGUGAUGAAAGGAGUGAGCUGUCAAAGCGUUACUGGAAACCAGGUGAAUCCAUCGUUUCAGAAACCAAUUUUGAUGUAAUUUUUGCAAACCUGAAAGAUUUAAAUGCUUUGGCUGGGGAAGGCAUGUCCCAAAUCGAGCGCACGGCAGGGGGUGCUAAGCUGAAGCAGCUGGACUCAAUCCCCCUCACCUUCUAUCAAAAUGGGAUUGUCAUGUUCAAAGGGCCUUUUCGCUCAUAUGAAGAACCUUCCACGCAGCAACUCCUGCGAGAUAUCAUGGACGGUUACUUCCCUUCUGAGCUGCAGAAGCGUUACCCAGAUGGUAUCCCAUUUCAGGUCACUGACAAGAGAGACACCUUAUUUCAGGAGAGGAAGCUGCAGCAUAAAAGUUUUCCUGGCCAGGGCCACGUCAUUGGCCUUGCCAGACCAAGUGGAAUAAAGGAGACAAACGAGAUACCAGGUCCUAAGCUUACCAUGGAGCAGUUUUUGAAUAAGCUUCCAAAGUCACGGAUUCAAGAUGGGCAAGUGAUCGAUAUCCGAGGAGAAAUUAAAAAAACCCUCCAGGGCUCAAGUGGAAAAAGCCACGAAGUGAUUGUGGUGGAGACCCCCAGCUUUGCAGCAAUGAAGAAGAGGUUGGAAGGGAAUGAAAAAAAGAAGGCCUCCAACCCCAAUGUUGCAACUCUUCGGAUAAAGUCAGAGAAUGGGGAGAAGACCUAUAUCAUCAAGAUGCCAUUCACCGAGACCAUCGGAGACCUGCGGCAGCAUCUUGCCCGGAGCAGGGGAGAAGAAAUGGAACCUUAUGAGAUCAUCAGCACUUUUCCUUAUCGAGUGUAUAACAACAACUCCAUGACGCUGGAGGAGUGUGGGCUGGUCCCCAAUGCCUCACUUCGGCUGCAGAAAAGGGCCCCGUCAACCAAAUCACAAGGGCAACAAGUGUAAUGGUUUACAGUGGAUGAUUCAUCAGGCUUGGCUGCCACUCAGCUAGGGAGUAGUGUGCCUUCUUCUCCUUCUUCAUGAGAGCCUGUGCAAAAACGACAUCCUCUAGUCAGAGAGAGAAACAGGGAAGGACUGACCUUUCCACUUACCCAAGCUCCAACCUUUGCAGCUAUUCUCAGCACUCCAGUCAAAGGAGAAAGCCGGGGUUGGGGUGCAGUUGGAAUACUGGGCAUCCACCCUCCCUUUGCUACCCAGCCUGAGUAGGGCUUAGCCCCAGGUCUAGGUUAUCAUUAGCCUCAAAUGGAUGAAGAGACUUUGGCCCUUGUAAAGCUCUCUUCAGAAACACUAGACCCUUGCUCCAAGAAAGAGCACACAGUUGGGCUACUGGUGCUAGCAUGAAGUUUUCCUUUUCUAAGCUGCUGCAUCACCAAAUGAGCGUCCCAGACCAUGCACUGGUGCACACCAUGUGCUUGAUAGCACCCACCCUGUUCCUGUAGCCUACAGGGGCCUCAAAAAUAGGGUUUACCAACUAGUUGGUGGGGUAUGGGGCACCUGUGAUGCAUGCCUGUUAAUUCACCUAAUGCAGGUGUGGGGAAACUUCAGCCCUCCAGAUGUUACUGAACUAUAAUUCCAAUCAUCCCUGACCAUGAGUUACGCUUGCCGAGGCUGACAGGAGUUAUGGUUCAGCACCAUCAGAAAGGCCCAUGGUUCUCCACUAGUUCUAAUGGGAAAGGGAGAUGGUUAUUUUCCUUUCCUGAAGCUGAAAAGGACCUGCGCACCCAACCAUUGAACUGCUCAUUCUGGGAGAGAGGUGGUCACAAAGGCAACUCAGCCACAUAUAAGCUCCUCUUCCCCGGUGCAAGAGGCUAAACAGGGAGUCCCAACUUCAGCCAGCCCAUCCACUGUGUGUAAUGCCUUUAGCAGGUCUCUUUGGGGGCCACAACAAAACCCAGCUAAUUUCUCCUCCUCUGGCGAUUUAUAUGCAAGCCUAACCGAAUCUCUUAACAGCAACCCACUUUGUUCAAUACAAUGUCCCUUGUUAUUGUUUCCCUGUUUGCCCAAGGCUUGCAAUAUUAGGUAGCGAGUUCUCCCACCCCCUGACUGAUCUUUGUAGUUGUUCAGUAAAGAGGGCAGGCCAAAGUGCCUUGACAGCCAUGUUUCAGGGUGUCAUUCCCUACCCCUCCCGGGAUGGAAUUUGCAUGUUUCAAUUAUCAGUCCAUGCUAAAACCUCCCUUCCUCCAGAAAAUUAGCAUGGCAGAGAGAAGGGUUUUGAAAUAAUUAUUAAGCCACAGUUCUGCUAAAAGGUGGUGUACUGAAUAGGCUCAGCCUUUCUCUGAUUUUUUGACAAGGAGGAAGGACUCAAGCAUAUCAAAUUCCUUUUUUCCCUCCCCUUCUUAAUUGUGCCGAAGUUAUUAAGUUGUACUGUUUUGUGAAGACUACACCAGAUGCUUUUUCUGAACUUUUAAAUUGGUUCUUAGUGCUUAC